CUAAAAAAACUAAUUAUAUACUGGAAACACGUCUGACCAAACUAGACCAAACUAGACCAUAUACGAACAAAAAACAGUCCAUAUAAUUAAAUAGAAAGAAACCAGCAAUUCCAAUUAUCUUUCAGAUAUAAAUACAACGUGUCACUGAACAAAACCUUAACACAUUAACAACACGUCUUCCCUUUUCAAUUUGUGUUCUUCUUCUUCUACAAGACUACAAACCACUUUGAUAAAAUCAAAUCAUAUUAUCUUAUUGGUAACGAGACCACGAAUAUUUCUUUGCGUUUGUGUUUUCAAUUAAAAACUGCGUUUGCGUUUUCAUAUAUACAAAAAGAACGUUUGUAAAUAGUUAACACAAAAAACGUUAAUUAGCAUAUGCGUUAGGCUUGGACAUUCUUCUGAUCAACUCUUUUUUUUUUAGGUGUGGGUAUAUUAUCGGUCCCUUAUGCCUUAGCAUCCGGAGGAUGGCUAAGUUUGAUCAUACUUUUCACCGUAGCGAUCACAACUUUCUACUGUGCCAUUCUCAUUAAGAGAUGUAUGGAAAUGGAUCCACUUCUUAGAUCAUACCCGGACAUUGGCUACAAAGCCUUUGGAAACACAGGACGUGUUAUCGUCUCCAUCUUCAUGAACCUCGAGCUUUACCUAGUUGCAACUAGUUUCUUGAUCCUAGAAGGUGACAACCUUAACAAACUCUUCUCAAACGUUGGACUCAACUUCAUGGGGCUUGAAUUCCAAGGCAAGCAAAUGUUCAUCAUCAUGGUGGCUCUCAUUAUUCUUCCUUCGGUUUGGUUAGACAAUAUGAGGAUUCUUUCUUAUGUUUCCGCGAGUGGUGUCUUUGCUUCCGGGGUUAUUCUUGCUUCUAUCUUUUCGGUUGGAGCUUUUGAAGGCGUAGGGUUCAAGAACAAUGACUCAGAGGUCUUUCGACUUAAUGGAGUCGCUACUUCGGUGAGCUUAUACGCGUUUUGUUAUUGCGCUCAUCCAGUUUUCCCAACUCUAUACACUUCCAUGAAGAACAAACGCCAAUUCUCAAACGUUAUGAUUAUAUGUUUCACAAUAUGCACCUUCAUAUAUGCAUCAGUGGCGGUAUUGGGUUACUUAAUGUAUGGAUCAGAUGUUGAAUCACAGAUCACUUUGAAUCUUCCUACUGAUAAGCUUAGUUCAAAAGUGGCGAUAUGGACUACAUUGGUCAACCCAAUAGCUAAGUUUGCUCUCAUGGUUACACCUAUUAUUGACGCAAUGAGAAGCCGGUUUUCUCGAGUUUUGCCUAAUAAAAGAGCUUCUGGAUUUUUGCUAAGUACAAUACUAGUUACUAGCAAUGUGAUUGUGGCAUUGCUUCUUCCGUUUUUUGGUGAUCUUAUGAGUCUUGUGGGAGCAUUCUUGAGCGCAUCCGCAUCGGUUAUAUUGCCAUGUUUAUGUUACUUAAAGAUCUCUGGGAAAUAUCAAAGACUCGGAUUCGAAACAUUGGUGCUCAUCGGAAUCACUCUAACCGGUAUCGUGGUUGUGAUAACCGGAACUUACCAAGCGGUCAAGGACAUUUUUGGUCGAUUUUGAAAUCCCAAUAGGUGAAGUUUAGCUUAUAGAGUAUUUGUUUAGGAAGAUAUUUGUACUACCAACAGUCCAAUACCAUAAUUUGUUUUAUUUGAUUUUUUGUGACUUUCGUUAACGAAGUUUUUUUGAGUUAUGUAAUAAUUUGGAAUGAGAAAAAUGUGAAUACGUUAAAUGAAGACAUGAGUUGAUCUAGGUGUCUGUAUUAGACACUAAUCAAGUCAUUGAUUCGAAUUCUUA